CCUAAAUGUACUUUGGCACCAAAAAUUCACAAAUCCUUCCAAAAGGUUCUUUUUCCUCCUCUCCCCCAAACACCCAAAAGGGAAAAAAGGAAAGAAAAAAAAAAGGAUCAAAAUUAUUCACAAGCGAAUGUUUCCUUCUUACUGGGUUGAUAAUGGAAGCUGAUGUUUCUAUUCUUUCAACAAAGUAAAAGUUUACCUUUUUCUGGGAUUUUCUUGAAAAUUAGCGUAAAGUGUUGUGGGGUUUAUGAGAUUUGGGAUGUGCCUGUGGAAUCAAAGAUGGUGAAUUGAUACCUUUUGUUUUUGUGGGCUUUUGGGUUUUUUCUUUUCUUGAUAAUUGGCUGAAAGGGUUUACUGGAGAUGAUGAAUUUGUGGGUAUUUUGGUACUUGAGUGUUGUUUGUCUUUUGGGUUCUAGAGUGCUUGGUAAUGUGGUUUUGGUAGGAAAGAACGAGACUUUAUCGUUUGAAGGCAUUGAAGCUAAUUUUGCUCCCUCAGUAAAGGGAUCAGGCAAAUGCGGGACACUGUAUGUGGCGGAGCCUUUAGAUGCUUGCUCGACUUUGACUAACAAGGUUGAACCAUUUGAAAAUAGCACCCAUGAUCUAUUCUUGCUGAUAAUAAGGGGUGGAUGUAGUUUCGAAGAUAAAGUCAGACAAGCCCAGGCCGCAGGUUUCAAGGCAGCCAUCAUCUACAACGAUGAAUACGGUGAUCUAGUUGCAAUGGCAGGAAGCUCUGCUGGUGUGCACAUACCCGCGGUGUUUGUUUCUAGAGUUUCAGGGGAAAGACUGACAAAGUAUGCUGGUGACAUUGAUGUUGAAGUAUGGAUAAUCCCAAGUUUUGUAAACUCUGCCUGGUCCAUCAUGGCUAUAUCAUUCAUUUCGUUACUAGCUAUGUCAGCAGUGCUUUCUACCUGCUUCUUUGUCCGUAGACAUCGGAUACGAAGAGACCGUCCUCGGGCCUCACGUGUUCGUGAAUUUCAUGGAAUGAGUAGUCGUUUGGUGAAAGCUAUGCCAAGCUUGAUAUUUACAUCAGUUUUGGAGGAUAAUUGUACAUCAGUAACAUGUGCUAUCUGUCUUGAAGACUAUAGUGUGGGAGACAAGCUUAGAAUUCUUCCUUGCCGGCACAAAUUUCAUGCUAUGUGCGUUGAUGCGUGGCUUACAUCAUGGAGAACGUUUUGCCCCAUCUGCAAACGUGAUGCAAGAACUAGCAAUGGGGAGCCACCAGCAUCAGAAUCUACACCAUUGCUUUCUUCUAGUCUAGCUUCUUUAUCUUCGUUGUCAUCCCUAAGAUCGUCAUUAGCUUCAUCAUCAGCAAUACAAAUAGGCCAAGGAGGACACCGAUCCCCUUCAGUUUCUCGUCCUCAAUCAAUCUCUAGUACUCCUUAUAACCACCAGUCACUUCAGUCCUACCAUCAGUCACCUCAUCUUACUAUAAGCCGCAGUUCACUUGACCUUCAAAAUGCAUCUUCUCAGAGAUCUCGUGCAUCUUAUUUGAUUUCCCCUCACUCAUUGGGCUAUCCUUCUUUAUCUCCUCUUAAUUCGAGAUACAUGUCACCAUAUAUUCCUAGUCCAGGAAAUGCCUCGUCGAGUUAUAUUGGCUCCUCAAGUCGGCAUCCCAACCCACUGCGUCAUAGUGAGUCAACCACUAGCAUUUCGCCAUUUGCUUCAGCUCAGUCUCUUCCGGGAUGUGAGUCAUGAUGUGUUGAUUCUGGAAAAUUUGGGGUCAAGUUUGUGCUACCCUUUUUACAAGGAUCAGUGAGGUUGGGUCACUUUCACCUCAAAUCACACCUAAAGACAGUGCAACAGCUUUUGGAGAUCAGCAGCUCUGGCAUAUGGGCAGACAGGAAUAUGACAGGAAGCCCUGGAUUUGUAUAUUAUUUGUGUGACACUAAUGUUAUAGUUUUGGUUUCUUUAUUGAGGUUUUUACUAUUUUUGUUUUGAGGUUUUUACGAGUGUGCACGUGCAAAGUGAUGGAUGUUCAUGCUGUAUGCAGUAGCCCCUUUUUACAUACCCUUCUUGUUUUUUGGUUUGCUAUGGAUGUUGUUAGCAAUCUCCAUUUGCUAGAUAGUUUAGGUCUUUUAGUUGAACCUUUUGCUUAAGGCUUGCGCAUGUAUGUAUAGAUAAAUGACACAGAUGACUAAAGUUGCUAGUUUGAAUGUAUUGGGUCAUUUGUAAACCA